AUCGCACGCCUAUCGACCGACCACCACACUCAUAUUAAGUCUUGUAUUAAAAAAAGUUAUUCUGCUUAAGUUGGCCAUGAAUUCGGCAACAAAGGUUGGGGAGAUUUUCACGGCCGCGGGACAAGCAUUCAGCAAGCUUGGAGAUUUGACGAUGCAAUUGCAUCCAAAUGCCGAAUCGCCCUCUGGUAAAUGGACAGACGAGGAAAUCGACAUGUUGCACUCGUCCAUAAUGCGCUUCUCGGACGAUCUCAGCAAAAUCAGUUUAAGCAUUAAAAAUCGCACAGUAUCUCAAAUACGACAAGCGCUCAAGAAGAAGGCCUUUGAGGAUGCUGGCAUACCGGCUAAACAGGUGCCCGUGCAGCAGGUGCAGCAUGUCAUACAGACAGUCCAGCAGCUGCCAAUCGUUCAGCAACAGCACGUAUUCAAGUCACACAUCAUACAACAACAACAGCAACAACCACAACAGCAGCAGCAGCAGCCGCAGACGAAGCAAAUCAUAUUGCAGCCACAGACGACGACAACAACCGUGACAAUCAAACAGUUUCAGCAAAUGCAACAGCAAAAAGCUGCCGCCUUAGCUGCGGCACAAGCAGCUGCCGCAGCAGCAGCGGCCAAUAAUACGGCGACCAUCACAGAGAACAUCAUUAUACAGCAACCCACAUCAACGACGGCGGUGACGGUGCAGCAACCGCAACAACAGCUGCAGCAACAUCAACAAAGUAACGCUGUUGUGGCAACGUCUGCGUCGCAGCAGCAGAUUAUUGUGCCUGCCACUACAACAGUAUUGUCAUCCAGUUGUCCAGUUACAGUUGGAGCCGUUGUGGUCGCCGACGAUGUUGUGAGCACCACGUCGAAUCCAUCGUCGAUAUCGACGACAAGUGCGGCCCUUAAGUGUGGACCGGAUGUCUCAAUGACACUAAAUCGGAUCAAUGUCCAGGAGAAUGAGGUGGACGUCGAGGAGUGCCUGCCCGCUGAGGUUGUUAAGCUGGAUUUCGUUAGCGAGGAGGUAGCAGGGUGAAAUUUGAUGCCAGCUAAUGGUGAAGCUUCGCCCGAUCUGGUCGAGGACUUCUAUUACUAGUUAUAAUGUUAUACCAGCUGCAGAAUUACAACACAUAAAAGUAAACUCUUUAUAUUUAAGACCAUUCUUGGCCUAAACUGUUGAGCGUUGUCAUAUAUGUAAAUGUAAAGACAAAUUGUAAAGUGAAAACACAAUUUUAUCUGACGCGCAUUGCUCAGUCAGUUUUCUUAUUUGGUGAGUUAAUAAUAGCGUUUGUCUCAACUAGAUCUAAAUUUAAGACGAGAUUCAAUAGUGCAAAGUACAUAACAAAAAUCGUGUAAGUUGAAAAUUAAUAAAAGAGCAUAAUUUUAG